UGGCUUUCUGUGAGUGGCUCUGGCCUGCAGCUCCUGUGCCCAGCUGCCGCCUUCCUGGCACUCUGUGGGCAGCUUGCUGCUUGCUUCUGGGCCUCGGUGGAUUAAUGGAGGGAUACUGAGUGGUGGCCUUUCAGGGCUGUGGACACCUGACUGGUUUUGAAGAGUCACGACCGAUCGUACGUGGCACCCGGGAAGUGAACGGCAUGAGCAAGUCUGCAUGAUACAGGAGGUUCUGCAAGCAGACAGGAACGCUGCAGGGGCCUGCUGAGAGAAGCCUCCAAGAUGCCUCUCUUUGGACUCGGCGUGGGCAAGAGGAGGGCGCAAGAGGAAGAAAGGCAGCUGCGUGCCAACAACCGGAUCUUCAACAUGCAGUUUGAAUAUGCUAAAAACUCCAUUAAAACCGCCAAGUACAACCUCUUCACCUUCCUGCCUCUCAACCUCUUUGAGCAGUUCCAGAGGAUCGCCAACGCCUACUUCCUUUUCCUGCUGAUCUUACAGCUCAUCCCUCAGAUUUCCUCGCUGUCCUGGUUCACCACGGUGGUCCCCCUGGUCUUGGUGCUGGCCGUGUCUGCGGUGAAGGAUGCCAUCGACGAUUGCAAUCGGCACAAAAGCGACAAGCAGGUCAACAACCGUCCGGUCCAGGUGCUUCUCAAUGGCAGGCUGAAGGCUGACCGCUGGCUGAAUGUCGAAGUUGGGGACAUCAUCAAAUUGGAGAACAAUGACUUCGUGACGGCCGACUUGCUCUUGCUCUCCAGCAGUGAACCCCACAGCCUGACCUACAUUGAGACGGUGGAAUUGGACGGGGAGACGAAUCUGAAGGUGAAGCAGGCCCUGACUGUCACGGCAGAGAUGGGCGAAGAUCUGCACACCUUGAGCAGCUUUGAUGGGGAAGUCCGGUGUGAAGCCCCCAAUAACAGGCUGGACAAAUUUGUGGGGACCCUGACCAUCAAGAGGGAGAAAUUUGCUCUGGACAACGAGAAGAUGCUGCUGCGGGGCUGCACUCUCCGCAACACGGACUGGUGCUUCGGGCUCGUCGUCUUUGCCGGGCCAGACACCAAACUGAUGCAGAACAGCGGCAGAACCACCUUCAAGCGGACCAGCAUCGACCGCCUCAUGAACACCCUUGUGCUGGUGAUCUUUGCCUUCCUGGCUGCCAUGUGUUUGAUCCUGGCUGUCGGCAACGGCAUUUGGGAAUACAGAAAGGGCUACUACUUCCAAGUGUACUUGCCGUGGGCAGAGGGUGUCCACUCCGCACCCUUCUCUGGCUUCCUCAUGUUCUGGUCGUACGUCAUCAUCCUCAACACGGUUGUGCCCAUCUCGCUCUACGUCAGUGUAGAGAUCAUCCGCCUGGGCAACAGCUUCUACAUUGAGUGGGACCGCAAGAUGUAUUACCCGCUGAACGACACGCCCGCCCAGGCCCGCACCACCACCCUCAACGAGGAGCUGGGGCAAAUCAAAUACAUCUUCUCGGACAAAACCGGCACCCUCACUCAGAAUAUCAUGGUCUUCAACAAAUGCUCCAUUGACGGGAAGUCUUACGGAGACGUCUACGAUGUGGAGGGACACCGGGUGGAGGUCACGGAGUCUACCAAGAAAGUCGAUUUUUCAUACAACCCGCUGACUGACAACAAGUUUUCAUUCUACGACGAAAGCCUGGUGGAAGCCGUGAAGAGGGGGGAUGCCCCCACCCACAAGUUCUUCCGACUGCUCUCCCUCUGCCACACGGUGAUGCCGGAGGAGAAGGAGGCAGGCCACCUGGUGUACCAGGCCCAGUCUCCUGACGAAGGGGCCCUGGUGACCGCUGCACGCAACUUUGGGUUUGUCUUCCGGGCCCGCACGCCUGAGACCAUCACUGUGGUGGAAAUGGGAGAAAUGCUGGUCUACGAGCUGCUCGCCAUUUUGGACUUCGACAAUGUGCGCAAGAGGAUGUCCGUCAUUGUGCGGAGCCCAAAGGGUGAGCUGACCCUGUACUGCAAGGGCGCGGACACCAUCGUCUACGAUCUCCUGCGUUCCUCCUGUGGGCCCCUCAAGCAAAAGACUACGGACCACCUGGAAGAGUUUGCCGGGGAAGGCUUGCGGACGCUGGUUGUUGCCUACAAAGACCUGGAGGAGGGCUACUUGGCAGACUGGCAGCGGCGGCACCACGAGGCCAGCACCGCCUUGGACGAGCGAGAGGAGAAGCUGUCGAAGCUGUAUGAGGAGAUUGAAGCGGACUUGGUGUUGCUCGGGGCCACGGCCAUUGAGGACAAACUGCAGGAUGGGGUUCCCCAGACGAUUGAGACCCUCGGCAAAGCUCAGAUCAAGAUCUGGGUGCUGACAGGAGACAAGCAAGAGACGGCGGUCAACAUCGGCUACUCCUGCAACAUGCUGUGUGACGCCAUGGAUGACAUCUUCGUCAUCCACGGCCACAACUCAGAAGAGGUGCUGCAGGAACUCAGGAAAGCAAGGAAGAAAAUGAGGUCGGACACCUUUGUGGAGGACGAUGGCCCUGACACCCAGGUCCAUAAACCUGGGAAGUCCCAUAUCCUGCCCGAGGAGCAGCCCAAUGGGGAAUAUGGCAUCGUGAUUAACGGCCACAGCUUGGCUCACGCGCUGGAGGGGAACCUGCAGCUGGAGCUGGUGAGGACGGCCUGCCUGUGCAAGACUGUCAUCUGCUGCCGCGUGACCCCCCUGCAGAAGGCCCAAGUGGUGGAGCUGGUGAAGAAGCACAAGCGGGCCGUGACCCUGGCCAUCGGGGACGGCGCCAACGAUGUCAGCAUGAUCCGGGCUGCCCACAUUGGCGUUGGAAUCAGCGGUCAGGAGGGGAUGCAGGCCGUGCUGUCCAGCGACUUCGCCUUUGCCCAGUUCCGCUACCUGCAGCGGCUGCUCUUGGUCCACGGCCGAUGGUCCUACAUCCGGAUGUGCAAGUUCCUGGCCUACUUCUUCUACAAGAACUUUGCCUUCACGCUGGUCCACUUCUGGUACGGAUUCUUCUCUGGGUUCUCUGCUCAGACCGUGUAUGACGAAUGGUUCAUCACCCUCUACAACCUGGUCUACACCGCUUUGCCCGUGCUGGGAAUGAGCCUCUUUGACCAGGACGUGGAUGACCGCUGGAGCCUGCAUUUCCCGCAGCUGUACACGCCCGGCCAGCAGAACCUCUACUUCAACAAGCUGGAGUUUGUCAAGUGCAUGCUGUAUGGCGUCUACAGCUCCCUUGUGCUUUUCUUUGUGCCCUACGGGGCCAUGUACAACGCCGUGCGAAGCGAUGGGAAGGCCAUUGCCGACUACCAGUCCUUUGCGCUCAUGGCCCAGACCUGCCUGCUCAUCGUGGUCUCCGUCCAGAUGGGGCUGGACACGGCCUACUGGACAAUCGUCAACCAUCUCUUCAUCUGGGGCAGCCUGGCCAUGUACUUCACCGUCACCUUCACCAUGUACAGCGACGGCACCUACCUGGUCUUCACCGCCUCCUUCCCUUUCAUCGGCACUGCUCGGAACACCCUGAACCAGCCCAGCGUCUGGCUGGCCAUCUUCCUCUGCGUGACCCUGUGCGUCCUGCCUGUGGUCGGAUUCCGGUUCAUGAAGACGCAGCUCAAGCCGACUGUCAGCGACAAGGUCUUAUCCAAGAUCCAGGAGCUCCGGAAGAGGCCGCCCGUCCUGUUGCCCAAGAGACCGUUGCGCCGUUCCAUCUCUCGGCGCUCCGGCUACGCCUUCUCCCACCAGCACGGCUUUGGGGCGCUCAUCACCUCUGGACGGAACAUGCGUCCAAAGUCUCCCUUCGGCAUGAUGGGCUCCUUCUCGCCCAACAGUGAGAAACACAAGCACCAGUGAGCCCUUGCGACGGGCCCUCUCCAGCUUGGGAUUCUGCCAUGCUGGGAACAGCCAGGGAAAUGCUGGCCGGAGGAUACAGCAGGGCUCGUCCUUCGCAUCGUCAUGCGGGAACUUCCCUUUCACCCACGAGGGAAGGCGCAGAAGGACGCAGGGAGGCUGCUUCACCACCUGCAUAUCGGACCCAGCACACCCACACCCUGAUAAGAGACAUACUGCCCCCGCCCCCUCCCCCCCCCCGCAGGAGCCCCAGGGAUUUCCGAAGUCUCUCAGGCACGUGGCAGGGUCAUGGCGCAUCACCGUCUGGGGCUCUGAGACAGACACUCCCCCCAGAUGUACCAUUAGUAUUACAAGGGAAUUGAUCUGAAUUGCACUAACGGGAGGGGAGAAGUCGCGCUCCUUCCCCUGCCUCAUAAAUGCCCACAGAGGGGUUCUUGGGGCCUGAGCCCCUGAGAGGUUCUUCUGGGCUCGUGGUGCCCAGGAGGGCAAGACUUGGCCUUCCUUCCCUCCCCAAGACCUGGCAUGGAACAGCAUGUCUGAGUCACGUGGCUGUGGCAGCGCAGAGGCUUGCUCCCCGAGCACUGUCCCCACGGCCUGGGGCUGAGCCAGGGGGGCAGCAGAGGCCACUCCCCUCCUCCCAGGAGUGGCAUGCAGCUAUGGGGGGUGGGCACCCCUCCUCUCCUGGAGGACUGGCAGCAGGCAGAGUUUGCCGUCCACUGCCCUUAGCAUUUGGCACUAUUUUGCCCCAAGCACCUUCUGGCCAGCAUCAGUGGUGUUCCCUUCCUGCCUCCAUGCGCUGCCAUGCCCAUGUGGGAAGCGGGCAGGAACUGCAGGGGCUCUUGCAGGGCUGAACGGCAUCGGUGCCCUCUAGGCUUCAGAUUGAAUGAGAGUGCCCCCCCCCAGCUUUGGCUUGGACCCAGCACAGGCCACCUGGUGCUGUGUUGCAAGGUGGGGGGCAGGCUGGCUUCUGGAAGGAGACGGAGCCUCUGAACUUCAGGCUCGAUGCUCCCAGCCUCUGGUCUGGGGUCGACAAACUGCCCCUCCCCCACCCCGCACCCAGUCAACGGCUGGAAGGACCCAGCAGGAUGGAGACCAGUUUCCCGUUCCCCCAGGCUGAAGUCUUGAGAGGAGGCAGGGGGUGUCUUGCAGGCCGUGGUUUCUUCUGGCAACGGGAUUUUAAUAAAGCUCAUUACAAAGGAGCUCAGCAGUCUGGGGGAGUGUGAUU